AUGAAACUUAGCAUUGCAAAUCCAGAAAGAACCACACAAAAGGUUAUAGAGAUCGAGCAUAACGUAGAAUCCGCUUUAUACGAGAAGAGAAUUAUGGACGUCAUUGAGGGCGAAAUAAUUGCUCCAGAGUGGAAAGGAUUCCUCUUGCAGUUAACAGGAGGAACCGACAAACAAGGAUUCCCAAUGAAGCCCGGAGUUAUGACACCAGACAGAGUAAGACUUCUGCUUAAGAAGAACGACGUUGGGUUCAGAUGCACUGAGAGAGGCCUUAGAAGAAGAAAGAGCGUCAGAGGAGAUGUGGUCUCUGAGCACAUUGGUGUGCUGAACUUGAAAGUAGUCAAGGAGGGCGAGCACGUCUUUGAGGGAUUCAACGAUGUAAUCAACCCACUGACCAGAGGGCCAAAGAGAGCUUCAAAGAUCAGAAAGCUCUUUGGACUUAGCAGCGAUGUAAUGAACUUGGAAGAUUACGUCAUUCCUCACGUAAAGACCACAAAGAGCGGUGAAACAAAGAUCGUAAAGCCAAAGAUCCAGAGACUAAUCACUGAGCAGCGCGUGCAGAGAUGGCAAAACAGAAUUGCUGAGAGAAUUGAGAGACAGAAGCUUGCAAGAGAGAAGAAGGCUAAGUACUUCGCCAUGAUGAAGGAAAGAGGACUACUCACCAGCAGAAGUGAGGGAUUCAAGACCAGGAGAACAUCCGCAUAA